GGUUCGCUCCAGCUCCAGGAGUCUGGGGGUGGAGCUGGGGAGUUUGAAGCUUUGGGCCACUUGGCAAAGCAAGACCUGGCUCCAGCUUCCGCAAGCCAGACCCCUCUGGAGCCCCAGGGUACUCUGUGUGUGAGGGGGGCUCCAGAGGGGCUCAUAGCUAGCACUAACCCAGCCCCAAGGUCUAGCUCCCUAAUGCACAAGAGGUCCCGGGGAAGGAACUGGCUAUUGGGCUCAGAGUUACCCCUCCGCCCUGGACUGUGUGAAAGGGGGGCUUGAAGGGAGCUGUCCGCAGCCCUCACCGCAGGGAUCUGAGUGGCAGGGGUAAUGCCUGUGUGGAGGAUAAGGCCUUCGGGCCCCUCCCUCCCCUGCUGGGAGCCUGGGCUCCUGGGCUCCAUUCCCAGGUCUGGCCCCGGCCCCUGCAUCCUCGGGCAGGUCCCUGCCCUUUCUGUGCUUCAGUAUCGCCGUGCGUGGGACGGAGGUCGGGGUCCCGGAGGGGCAGGGGGAUUGGUAGCUGGGUUUUGUGCAGCGCUAGUAUAAUGCGUGUGACUGUGCCCAGGACCCUGCUCCUGCCUGGAGGGGCAGGGGCGUGUCUCAAGGAGACGCGGCUCCCUGGGACCCGCUGGGGCGCCCCUCGCUAUUCGCGCCCAUGGGUCUUGUCAGCGCUGCCACUGGCACCUGGCGAGCGUCGCCGCCGGACGGAUCUCUUGGCUCACGGCCUUUGGUUCUUCCCUGCUCAUUAGCGGCACAAACCUUCACGGACCUUAACACAGCUCAGACUGGCAGAGAGUUCCCAGUCAAAGCUGGAAAGGCCCCAGGACGGACGAGCCAAAGGGGCUGCGUGAAAUGGCUGCCCGUGGCCUGGCCUGAAAGGUGCUGGAGACACGUCCAUCUGGGCCCCUGCCUCUCGCGGGGCGGCUGCCUCGCCCCGGGAGCCCAGAGCUGUCGCUGGGUUGGAUUUGCUCCUACACGGACAUGCUGACGGGAGCAAGAAGAGCCGAUUGCUGUGAGAUCCUGCAAAUGCAGGAACAGAUGGAAAGACAGCAAGGGGCCAGCCCUACACACCAGCCCCCCACCCCACUGAGCCCUGGACUAGCCCCCAGCCCCACUGAGCCACAGGGCAGCCCCUAGUCCCGCUGAACCAUGGGCCAGUCCCCCAGCCCCACUGUGUCAUGGACCAGCCCCCCAAACCCCCUGAACCCAAGACCAGCCCCACAGCCCAGCCUCCAGCCCUGCUGUGCCAUGGACCAGCCCCACUGUGCCACAGAACAGCCCCCCCCGCCCCAGCAAAUCCCAGACCAACCUCCAGCCCCACUGAGCCAUCGCCUAGCCCCACUGAGCCCCGGGCCAAUCCCCAGUCCUGCCAUGCCACAGACCAGAGCCCCUCCUUUUGCUGUCAGUGAACCCCUGGUCAGACUCUCAUCUUGCCCUGGGGACGAGCUGGGGGGACUCCAGGUUCUCCGUGGGGGUCACCACGUUCCCGGUCUGGCCCCAAGGGGUGUGGGUGUCAUCAGCACCGGGUGCCACAGGCUCACAGAGCCCCUCUGAGUUGGGGUAUUUAUUGCCCUGCCCAAGGACAUGGACUCAGCCCCACAGUCCCUGUCCCAGUCGAGAACGGGUGGGGGAGGGGGAGCAGUUGGGAAAUUGAGGGGGGCCAAGGAGGAGCCAAGCAGGUCGGCCUACAGAGUGAAGUCUCCUGUUCGGGGUCCCAGACCCUUAGCACCCUCAGUGAAGCCCCCUCCCGCAACGCCACAGGGACUCAGAGACCCCCCAGCCACAGCCAGCCCUAUGGACCCAGGGACCGGCCAAGGGAUGUCACUGCCCCCCAGGAGCCCCAGUUCGGGGCAGGGCACCGGGCCGGGCAGCAGCAAACCCGCGGGCCCUGUCUCACUGACGUGUCCCCCUCCUCCAGCGGCUCUCGGGAGCGAGCUCCGUCCCGCAGGCACCGCCACGUCGGGAGACAACGAGUCUCUGGCUGAGCUCCAGAACCAGACGGCGACCGAGCCUGAGCAGCCAUACAAGAGCCUGCUCCUCAGCAUGACUGCGGCGGCUCUCGGGAGCGAGCUCCGUCCCGCAGGCACCGCCACGUCGGGAGACAACGAGUCUCUGGCUGAGCUCCAGAACCAGACGGCGACCGAGCCUGAGCAGCCAUACAAGAGCCUGCUCCUCAGCAUGACUGCGGAUGAAAAGUACAAUCUGAUAGCCUACAUGUGCUGGGAAAAUUUCAGUCACUGGAUGAUGAACAUAACCAGGGCGCAGCUGUGCGAAUGGAGAGUCAUCAGCAGGCCAUACAGCGACCUCCGCCACUGCCUGGAGACCUUCGCAGAAAAACAGAAUUACGGCUACCCCAACAGCAUCGCCGAGGAAUGCAUCGUCCAGAGCCACCGCACCUACUUCCUGAACUGCACCCAGGAGCACCCCGUGUUCCUCGACCCCCCGGAGAAUGUGCUGCUGGCCCUCAUCCUCGCCCCCAUUUGCCUCAUCCCUUUCCUGGUCACGCUGGUGGUGUGGAGGAGCAAGGACGGCAAGAUGCAGUCCUGAGCGCCACAGGGCUCGGAGGGUGCCGGAGGCAUCCCCAGUGUGUUAGAGAACCAGACCGGGCUCGAACUUCUGACCCAACCUGACCUUGUCCCCCGGGAGCCAGCGCCAGGCCUUUGCCUGCUGGCUGAGCUCCAGCGCCGGAGAGUCGGGAGACCCGAGUGCUCCACUCCUACCCCUGCAGCACUCGCUUCCGGCUGGCACUGGAACCACUGCCCUGCUCCCGCCGCUUCCAACCUGGCCACAAGCAGGAGCUGGCAGAGGCCCCGUCUUACAGGCCCGACUGCCAGGCCAGGCCCAACAGUUCGGAGACAUUCGGAGAACCAGCCCAGAGUGGCCCCCUCCGAGCGGCUGGAGCAUCCUCUAUCUCUGGCUGAACACCCAGGGUUUGUACCACACUGGGCCUGCUCAAAUGCGGUUACAGCUCUGGGCUUCCAAUCCCAGGCCUGCUAGACCUCGCCGAUGCCGGCGGGGCAGGAGGGGAGAGCCCCGUGGGCGACUCUGCUCUGGAUCUCACGCCUGUGUAGCCCCCUGCUGGGGUCCCACUCGCAGCUCCCCACAGCUUAACAAGUGCAAACCCCUUCCAGGACAAGGGCUCUGCUGAGUCCCAGCUGCCCCAGUGCCCUGGGGAGGACGCCCUCCUGUCGGUCCCUGAUCUGCACUGAGCAGCUGGCGAGGGAAGCCCCGGGUGGACUGAUUUACAGAGUGGCUGCAGUUCCAUGCGAAGAGGGGUCAGAUGUACCUGGACGCGCCACAUCCUCUGGAGAAACCCCCCCUCCUCACAUGGCCGCUUUGCUUUCUAGGCCCCGCCAGCAAGAAGAGGUUGCUGUGCUCGGGCUGGAGUCAUGGGUGCAUGAAAGGGGCCCCUCGCCUUGCAUUGCUGAGAAAGCCUUGUGUUUCGGGACAGGAUGUCGUGCCAGAGCAGCGGGUUUCCCCACCCUGUUUAUGGGGCUCUGAUGCCUGGGGCAGGCUCCCUCGCCAUGUGACACCGGAGGCUGCGUGCCUCUUUUACUGGCUUUUUCUGAUCCCCUUUGCAAACAGGCUCCCUGGUUAACCAGCUGGAGAUUAAAGAUCUUCCCUUCCUGA